AUGUUUUCUUCACCUGUCGUUCCAGAACACGUCACCGAGCUCCCAUGCUUCCGCCUACUCCCACCUGGAUGUUACUGGGAUCGUGCUGAUGGUUGGACUACUUUCGACAUGCGCACUCAGUUCGAACGGUUUGGACUACCAAAUGCGGCCUGGACCUUAACAGAUAUUAAUCGCGAUUUCCAG